AUGUGUGGAAAAUGUUAUGCGAUAUUCGUCCGACAGAGCGCGCCACAGGCAUUCAUGUUGGUUGGGCGCGAUCGUGCGCAAAUGCGAACGAGUUUCGUAGUCGGUGCGCGACCGGCCGGCUGGUUUGUUUCGUGUGUUGUUACGUUGUGUUGUCAGUUCUCGGUGGCGAUCGGUGUUGACAAAAAAUCGACCCCAGAGCACGUGUCGGCCUUGUCAGGCUAUUUCUCAACGGAUGUGCGUAGACAAGCCAGAAGCAUCCAACAGAGUUGUCUUCGUUCCCAGUUCGAUCGUCGAUGUAAUCUUCUUUGCGACACGUCAGAGCCGUGAACAGUCCCGGAAGUGACAGGACAGACAGGAUACAGCCGCGACCACCGAUGGCGGCCGCGAGCUUUCCGCCAAACUUCUCGAACGUCGGCAUAUUGGAGAACUGGUAAGUGACUGUGUCACAGCUUGUCACGCUUUCGAAUUAUUACUAGAAGCCUCUUAAAGAGUCUCGAAAGCUUCGUUAAGAUUAGAGGUUGCCGCGUGACUGG